AAACCUCAGCCGCCGAUGACGUUCUCUUUCUCGCGUGGAAUACAUUUAUACGAUACAAACACUAUACGCGCGAUACAAAUCUUUCUCACAUCCGAUGAUCGACAUUUAAUGUUCUGAGAUAUCAAUCAGGAUUAAAAGUGAAACGCGUGUGUCAGAUGUAUCUAAGAAAGCUUUGUUAAGAAAGCUCAUUGGAAUUCAUCUGAUUGAUAGAGCGGAUUGAAUAAGUUACGAGUAGAUUCGCGAACAAGGUCGUUAACUCACGAAACGCGGUGUGUCGUGCGACUCUGAAUUUAGAAAACAAUUCAUCGCGUGUGUAGUAGUCGAUUUACGUGACUAACGUGCUGUACGGAGCUGUCGUAUUAUGCGGCAUCGCCGAGUGCAUCGCUGAUUCUUGUUCGCCGGUUGUUCGUGACGCGUGCCAGCCGGUGCAACGCGCAUCUCACGCCGCCUUCGUCUUCCGGCGAAUUGUGUCCGAGCGUUGUUAAAUCAUAACUGACCUAAGAUCACAGACUCGAUGAAUAUUGAGAGAUUUCGAGGCAGUCGGCCACCGGAUAAUUUGCAGUCAUUUGCAUUUUAUUAAUAAAUUAUCGCGCACCGCGUGUUUCAAUCGGUAAUUUUUUGGCGAAUAUAUGAUUGAGCCUUCUGACAUUUUUCCUGAGGUAAAAUAACGAAUUCAAAUUUUAUAGCGAGAUUGUGAGGUUGAUAAACUUUGUAAACGUGUGAAUCGAACCGUUAGUGUGGUGAUUAUACUUAAUAAGCACUAUCGAAUUUUUUUAAUCACGACGAGAUAUGGGAUACGAGUUUUACCAUGGUCGUCGCGACAUCAUCGGCGAUCUCUUUGAUUGAGGAUUUCUCGAAGGAUACACUAGGAAGGUUGCGUAUUCGGUACGUGAUGCCGGCGGCGCACCUGACGCUGCGCGAGGAGGACGUGGUGCGACUGACCUUGGAGUUCCUCCACAGCCGUGACCUUCACAUCUCGCAGCUCUCGCUCGAACGCGAGACCGGCGUGAUAAACGGCCAGUACAGCGACGACGUGCUCUUCCUGCGCCAAUUGAUCCUCGACGGGCAAUGGGACGACGUGCUCGAGUUCAUCCAGCCCCUGGAGGCGCUCUCGGACUUCGAUAUGAGGAAGUUCACGUACUCGAUCCUGCGCCACAAGUACGUCGAAUUGCUGUGCAUCAAGUCCGAGGCGAACGUCAUCGCCGCCGGCACGAACGGCAGCGUCGACAACGCCGUGGAGGAGGUCGUCAAGGUAUUGAGCGAUCUUGAAAAGGUCGCGCCCUCCAAGGAGGAGUACAGCAGCCUGUGUCUGUUGCUCACCCUGCCGCGGCUGACGGACCACCUGCAGUACAAGGACUGGAAUCCCAGCAACGCCAGGGUGCAAUGCUUUCGCGAGGUGCAUCCCUUAGUCGAGAAAUUCCUGCCGGGCGACAGGAAGGGCUCCGAUUCCGCGCAUCCUGUCACCUCGGCGAAGAACGACCGGCUCAUUCAACUCAUCAUCAAGGGCAUCUUGUACGAGUCCUGCGUAAAUUACUGCCAAGCGAAAGCCACCGGAUCGAAAGAGAGCGAACAGGUGGAGAUGAGUUUUUCGAGGCUACUGGACGGAUCCGUGGGUUUUAGCGAUUCGGAUUUAAGUUUGCUCUCGUGGCUUCAAAGUAUACCUCCCGAAACAUUUGCUGUACCCUUCGCACAAAGAACCCUGAAUGUCGACGUGGAACGUCUGGAGAGGCCCUCCUUAGAGACCUCGUGGACCGAGCAUAUGCUGAUAACCCCAAUCAAGCCGAAGACUUUUCCGCACAGCGCCAUGCCGUUUACCAGGCCGAGAUCCGCCGCGGACAUGAUGUCCCGUAGUUUAGUACCGGCUCUGGAAGCUGGCCUCGGACCCAGAAGUCCCGGAUCCAAGAACACAUCCAUACCAUCGGCGGCGCUCAUGGCGCUGUCCAUCGGCGACGUCAAUCCGAUGUCGCGGUCGUCCUUCGCCAGUUUUCAUUUGACCGGUUUCAAGAACAACAAGCUGAUGAACACCAGCGUCGACAGGCUCUUCGAGAACGAGGGCGACGUCUUCCUUAGCUCAAAUUACGCCGAGUUCCAGCAGCUACCUUCGAUACAAGAGACCAUGACGAAUGCUCAACCUAAGGCUCCGCCGAGGACGAGAGGACACUCAAAGAGUCCCGAAGGUGUGGAAGGAGAUCCUUCAGUGACCUCCACUCCAGAACGUAGAGUGGCUGGGAGGGAAUCACCGGCGCCCUCGACCGCCAGGAGUUCUAGGAGAGACUCUUUGUCGGAAAAACCUACGGGAGUCGCUGCCAAAAUUACGGAACCGACCGCGAUUCCGGUUAGAGCAGCCGUAGCUCCUGGCGAGCACCUCGAGCAGAGCUACAACGGUGGUCUGUUUAAGGAGUAUCAAAAGCAGAAACAGAGGCUGCAAGAGACCAUUCAACAAAAGGAAAGAGAGAGAGACGAAUUAGUCAGGCAGCUAACGGCACCAUUACCCGUGCAAGUAGCCGAUAAUAGACUUCAGGGGGAAGGGAUAAAACAGCCUUUGGGGAGCAAAGGACCUUCGCCCGUUCACACGAGUGCACCUGUCCGGUCUGGAAUCCAGUCGCCGAAGCCCACGAUCAAUGGAUCGGAUCCAGUCGCGAGGCAAAACUCGAUGCCAGGUGGCGUUUACGAUUCGAGGAUGCCGGAAGUACACUACGACGUCAUCAAGCCGAAGCAGGAGCCGAGGCCGGAACUCGAUACCAGCAACGGAAGCAGCAACGGCGGCGGCAGACCGCGAUUCGUUCCCGUCACCGCCCUGGAGGACGUACAGGCGGUACGCUGCGCCGAAUUUCAUCCGCAUGGGAAGCUGUACGCCGUGGGAUCGAACUCGAAGACGCUCCGAAUAUGCGCCUACCCGAAACUGCACGAUGUCAGGGAGGAUCAUCAGACGUAUCAACCCACCGUUCUCUUCAAGAGAACGAAGCAUCACAAAGGCUCUAUAUAUUGCCUCGCGUGGACACCGGAUGGCCGGCUGAUGGCAACCGGAAGCAACGAUAAGACCGUGAAAUUAAUGCGCUUUAACGCUGAUACUUCGAAUCUUGAAGGACAAGAAGUCGAACUGACCAUGCAUGACGGUACCGUGCGCGAUCUGUGCUUCCUCGAAGACACGUCGAACAAAUCGAGUCUUCUGAUCAGCGGUGGUGCCGGCGAUUGUAAGAUUUACGUUACCGAUUGCGCGACCGGUACACCUUUCCAAGCCUUGAGCGGCCACAGCGGCCACGUGCUGACGCUUUACAACUGGGGCGGUGCGAUGUUCGUCAGCGGAUCGCAGGAUAAAACAGUCAGAUUCUGGGAUCUGAGAACGAGGGGCUGCGUCAACAUGGUCACACCGGCGACGGUACCUGGAAGCAGGGUCGGCAGUCCCGUGGCCGCGCUAUGCGUGGAUCCAUCUGGUCGGCUCUUGGUGUCCGGCCACGAAGACAGCAGUUGCGUUCUUUUUGACAUCCGUGGCGGCAGAACGGUUCAAUGCUUCAAACCACACGCGGCGGAUAUCAGGAGCAUACGAUUCUCACCAUCGGCGUAUUACUUAUUGACGGCGGGAUACGACAACAAACUGGUGCUCACUGAUUUACAAGGUGAUCUGACGAUGCCUCUACCUAGCGUCGUGGUCGCUCAACAUCAAGACAAAGUCAUCUCCGGACGUUGGCAUCCGACAGAGUUCUCGUUCCUCAGCACUUCCGCUGAUAAAACGGCAACUCUAUGGGCCUUACCGCCCGUUUAAAUCUCCGAAAUGACAACGCGUCGUUAUUUAUUUCUCUCUGUUCUUUUAAGAACAUCCUUAACACAAUGAUUCGUCUUCAACAGCGUUUUAAUUUACAAAUAACUUGAUAGAUAUUGUAACCGCGCAGGGAAAAGCGAAACAGUUUCGAUCGACAUUAAUAUUCUAACGUAUCUGUGUAUUUGCUGCACAUAGUUUAAUUAUGACCAAUUAAAAUCUUCUUUAUCCGUACGAUUACGUCGUACAUAUGUAACGCGUAAUGUGAUUAACUCGCGAUAUAAUGCAUUGCAUGAAAUUAAGCAUUUAAAAUGUAACACGCUUUGAAGACUCGGGUUAGAAGGGAGUAAAAAACAAAUUCAUCAGAGGACAUGAAACGAGAGUAUCGGUAAGAUUGUUUUUAACUACGAUUUGAUACCGGGAAUCACAAGACUGCGGAUGAAUAAUCCCUCGCUUCGACGCUUUACAGCUAUGCGAAGCUGAAUCGUACAUGAGUUUUAAAUAUUUUCUUUUUGCACAACAUGGGGAAGAGGGGGGGUCGACUUUUGGAUUUUAAUGGACUUUCUUUCAUGAAUAACGCACGCGUACUUACCGAAAUCGCGAUGCGAUACAUCCCCUCUGUCCCUCUUUUUUUUAAAUAUAAUUUUGUUAUAAUCAGAAAUGCCUGUAUUGUAAAUAUGUUAUAAGAUAGUGAGUUAAGAAAAUUUCAGGAAUACAAUACUCGCGCUCCUGUACAAAAGGAGUACGUAGUAAUUUGUAGAUUCUAAAUGCUCUCUUAUCUUCACUCAGUAUCGCAUCAUUGUAUCGUUUCGUAACAUUUAAAUAGGAACAUUUGAUAGAUUGUUGCAGGACAUCUUAUUUUAUUUUUUAUUUGUAUCAAGAGACGCAAAAGAAAACCGCGUUGUUGCAAUUGUUGUGUGCUUGCACGCACGCGCGCGCGCGCGUCUAAUUCACAUAGGAUGCUCCUACUUCCAUCUCCAUGUUAUCGACUCACAAGCCAAAUACACACGCGUUCUAGUUAUACAUAGGUAUAUAUAUCUGUAUUCGGAGAAAUAUACGUAUGCUCAUACUAAUCGCUAUUUUUUACGGACUAAGAUAAUUAAUAUAAAUCAAGAGAGUUUAUGCGGAUGUCGAGCAAUUACGCGGUUUGUCGCGAUACGUGACUAAAUUUACGCGAAUCGAAGAAGAAGAUAGUAUUCUUUAGUAAUAUAAAAUCGUAAGGACUAACAAUUAGAUUUAAUUUGCUUGUUGCAACGCUCGUAAUAGCAGCAAAACUGAAAGAGAGAGAAUGACAUGUCAUCUCGCGCUGUCGAAAGCGAUUUCUUUUCUCAUCGAGCGAUUUGAUGGUUGAACAUGGGACGAAGCUUUUGUAAAUACACAUUUCAUCGGCAAUCGAACUUGGCAACCCUUUGAUUUGAUCAGCAAUCUGUCGGGUGACGAAGUUCGCAAUCCAUAUCAUUGUUUGUUUUAUCCCUACUUCGACGUCGACGCUCUUAAGAGCGAAUUUCACUUUGUCCUGUUAGCAUAUCCUUUUAGCGAAUGGACAAAUCGUAUUUUAAGAUCGCGAAUUUAUUCGAAGAGAAUGGAAAAGCGUACAAGAGAUAUCAAAAGCAGAAUAGUAAAGAACGGGUGAACAAUAGGGAAGUUAAAGUUAACCACUUGCUAAAUAAAUCCGUGAUCCUUCACAUUCAGUCAUUUACAAGCAUUCCAAUCGCAUGAAAUAAUACUAGAAUUAUUAAAUAUUCAAUAUUUCUUUCCUCUGCAAUUUUUGUAUAAGAUUGCAAAUGCUUCACUAUUGUUUUAAAAUACUUUUUCAUGUUAUGCAGUCCGUAAAUUUUUAAAAUGAUUUUUCCAAAAGUUUUUAGAGUUCCACGAAUAUACUUAGAUAAUCAAGUAACUAGGCAUUCGUGGAAACAAUUUUUGAAAGCGAUUUUAUGUAUUUCGUGACUCAUAUCUUGCGGUUCAAUGACUGUCUCCCUGUUUCAUGCAUUUUGUGAUGAUUGACAGAAGAGAUCAGGAUAGCGAUGGCGUGCAAACGGAAUGCGACGAGAGCGAUUAUUUGUAAUAGCGACUCAAUGCAAGCAUCUGCUUCCAUGUAGCAAUUUAUCGUGCCUUCUGUCGUGGCUGCUUUCGGCAAUUCACAUUUAUUUUUGUAUGUUUGGUGAGCUCCUAUCCUCCUCCCACCCCCGCACUCCUCAUCCCGCAACGGUAAUCUCCUCCUCUCAUCUUAACAGUGUGUCCAAACGAGUUCGUAAACGUUUGAAGUAAAAACAAAAAAAAAUCUCACUCGUACUCUAUCUCGUACUCGAGUAUUACCGCAUAACAUAUUAUAUACAUAUAGCAUAACUUAUAACUUUGUACUUUUCUUGUAGAUACGAUAUAAUAUGUCACGUCUAAUUUAAACAAUAAAAUUUACGUUAUUAAAA